CUGAGUUUUUCGAGCAUUAAGAUCCUUGAAAAAGAUCAGAAUGGGUAGACGCCCUGCUCGUUGGUAAGUUCAUUAAUUUCCGCAUUUUAUAAUAAUCUAUUUGCCUUCUCCGACUAAAGUUUCGUAGUCAUUAAAUGCUAUUCGACUUUAUAAAUGAAAAUACAAAUAAGAAGGCACAGCAAAUGAAUGGAUUUAGGGUGAGAAGGAUUUUGAAUUGCCACAAUUUCUUUCUCAAUAAUCCGUAUGACAUUUGUUCAUCAUUAACACUCUUUAAAAAGACUAGAUAAUUAACAGUCGAAUUAAUGAAAUCCACAUUUCUUUACAGCUAUCGUUACUGUAAAAACAAACCGUACCCAAAGUCGCGUUUCUGUCGUGGUGUACCAGACUCUAAAAUCCGUAUCUUUGAUUUAGGAAGAAAGAGAGCACCAGUUGAAGACUUCCCACUAUGUGUUCAUCUUGUGUCUGAUGAAUAUGAACAGCUCAGCUCUGAAGCUUUGGAAGCUGGACGCAUUUGCGCCAACAAAUAUUUAGUUAAAUUCUGUGGUAAAGAUCAGUUCCACAUUCGAAUGAGACUCCAUCCAUUCCAUGUCAUUCGUAUCAAUAAAAUGUUGUCCUGUGCCGGAGCUGAUAGGCUCCAAACUGGUAUGCGUGGUGCUUUCGGUAAGCCACAAGGAACAGUUGCUCGGGUUCGCAUCGGUCAACCAAUCAUGUCUGUAAGAUCCAGUGAUCGUUAUAAGGCACAAGUUGUUGAAGCUUUACGUCGUGCCAAGUUCAAGUACCCAGGACGUCAAAAGAUUUUCAUCUCAAAGAAGUGGGGAUUCACAAAAUACGACAGAGACGUCUAUGAAGAAUUGAAAGAAGAAAAGCGUUUCAUCCCUGAUGGAGUCAUUGUUCAAUAUUUGCCUGAUCACGGACCAUUGGCAAGAUGGAUGAAGAUCCAUGAAGGACAAAGAUAUUUGCAAUAAGCAUCAAAUAACGGGGGAUGUAUUUUAUAUAAAACAAUACAGAAAUAUUGCUUUGUAAAGGAUAUCACAUCGAUCUAACAAAAAAAGAAGGAAA